AUGUCUACAUCUAACAUUGCAGCAAGAGUGGAAACUUGGCUUUCAUCCACAUGUCACGUUAGAGUUCCUUUGACAUGGCUGGAAGCAUGUAUUAAUUGGAUCCAGGAAGAAAAAAGCAGUAGUAACUUAAGUCAAGCUCAGAUUAACAGACAGAUAUUUGAGCAAUGGCUUCUUAUAGAUCUAAGAGAUUUGGAAUAUUCCAUUUUGCCUGAUUGCAUCUUGGAUGCCUCCAAAGGAGAAUUGUCUAGCUUCUACUCAAUACAGAUUGAUUCUCUAGUUGAUGUUAGCCAACCAGUAUAUUCCCAGUUGUAGAAGCUAAGAGGAAAAAGUAUUGUAAAUGAAAAAGUAACAGCCAACACUCAGGCAUUCUAAAAGCCCUGGGAAGCAAAGCCUACUCGAAUGCUGAUGCUGCAACUACCUGAUGGGGUACAUCAAAUUCAGGGCAUGGAAUAUCAACCAGUCCCUGUCCUCCAUAGUAAUCUUCCUCCAGGAACAAAAAUCACUGUACAGGGUGAUAUUGCAUAUCAUCUUGGAGUCCUUUUGCUUAAACCAGAAAAUGUAAAAUUGUUGGGGAGUGAAGUGGAUGCUCUUCUAGAGGAGCAUACUCAGGAAAGAGUCCUUGCUAGAUUAAUUGGAGAAGCUGAGAACCCUAAUCCUGUUGGACGAACUGAUCAUGAACAAAUUGUUCCAAGGCCUGUAGAUGAAUUAGGGCAAACUCUAGGCCCUUCAGAUGAAGAGCUUUUAGCCAGUCUUGAGGAAAAUGAUGAAUUCACUUUAAAUGAUGAAACACUUUUAGAGAGUGGGUAUUGCAGUAGAAGCAAUAAUUUUAGCACAAUCUCAGGUUCACUUAGUGGAAGUGUUUUGCAACAAGAAUUUGAAAGUCCUUUUCCUCAUUCAGAUGACCAAAUUUCACAUCCCGUGGAAUAUGCUGAUGACUUUUUAAAUGACUUUCCUUUGGAAGGUGAUUUGCUUCUGGAAGAAGUGCCACCAGUGGUCAGGAACAGAAACAUAGGUUUAGUUACUGAGAGACUUGCACAUAUGUCUAGAAGCUCAUGCAAUUCAUCUUCAAAUGGCACUUAUGAAACAAAUGAUAAGAACAGAGAUAAACCUGUAGAAGCUACCAGUAAGCAAAAUACUUCUCUUCCAAAAGUAUCUACUGGUACAAGUAACUCUUCACAGCAUAAUAGCGUACAUCAGACCAACAGUUCUGCAGAUUUCUCUUUGGAUAAUACUCCUGAAGAAAGGCACAAUGAUAUAGAUCUAGCUGAGAGCAGAAAUAAAUCUCAGAUCACUUCUGACAGCAGGCUGCUAAACAGUGAGCCAGUAUGUUUCUCAAAAACUGACCCAGAGGCAGAUCAGCAGAAGCACGAUAUACAAAUCUUUCCUGGCAAAGCAGUAGAGACGCAUCUUGAUUUAGAUUCUCCACCUUUCACAUACAUUUCUGUUCUCCUUGCAAAAAACCCAGAAACUGUUACAGUUCUGAAAGUCAGAUGUUUUAUUGUAACUCUUACUGGAAAGCUCACAAGCAGCAAUGGGUCCUGGGGUAUAAAGGCAAAAAUUUGUGAUGGUUCGGCUUAUCUAGAAGUAGAUUUUGCUGAUGAUAUUCUGACAAGUUUGAUUGGAUUUUCAGUGCCUGAAAUGAAUAUACUGAAAAAAGAUCCUACUUCACAUGCAAAGCUUAAGGAUGGUUUAGAAAAAUGUCAAAGACUAGAUCUCUGUUGUUUGAUGACUAUAGAGCUUAAUUCUUUUCAGUCUAAAGCCACUGUAUUAAUUCUACAUGAUGCUGAUGCAAGGCAUCUGGAACAAUUGAAGAAAUGUUUGUAUAAAUAA